UCAAAAUGUCUGCUCCCAUGAACUAUUUUUGGACCUGAAAGUUGAUGUCAGAGGUCUACUAACUUCUAUGAAGUUGAUAUGUGUAAGGUUUUAAGAGAACACAGGUUAACAACAAUCAAGUCCAAUACAACCAAACUUCAAAUUUUUCACAAAAUACAGGACUAAGUUUGGCUGUCUAAAUGAUUUAAAACAAGAAAUGGGAUCAUCUAGAAAUACGAAGAAGAGACAGAAAGUUGAUAGAAAAAAACUUAAUGAUCUUAAGGACAAAGGUAAUAAUGGUGGAAUAGAGGUAAAGACAAUUCCGUCAACACAUAAUGACAGCUUAGGAGAAGACUUAACUCAGAAUACACAAAGAUAUAGAAUAGAGGUGAAGACAAUUCCGUUAACACAUAAUGACAGCUUAGGAGAAGACUUACCUCAGAAUACACAAAGUUAUAUUGAGGAUCGGGACCAGGAUGAAGAAAACUAUGAUUACUAUGACGGUUACUAUGGUUAUGAGGAAGACUGUGAGGAAACUCAAAGUUUUGGCAUGGGUGUUGAACCAGAAACUCUGGAAGUUUUAAAACACAUGAUCCUUAAUUUAAUAUCUGACACUAGAAAGUCUGAGUUGAUAUCCUGUGAUGCUGAAAGGUAUUUGGCAUCCAUAUUAGGCAUCUGUGAUAUAGAACAAAGAAAAGAGUUGAUGAAAGUGAGAAAUAAGAACCAUAACCCACUAUCUUUGGCUUGUAAGUUAAAAAAUGGUGACUUAGUCAAGUUUUUAGUGGAGCAUUGUGAUGCUCAAGUUGAUGGUGAAUCAGAUGACCUGAAGGGCAAACCUUUGUUUUGUGCAGUAGCAAAUGGGGAUGAAGAUGUUAUCCACUAUUUACUUGAAUGUAAGGCUGAUGUUGGUAUUGACAUUGGGAAGAACUGUAAUUGUCUAAUGCUUGCCAUGAUGGUAUUCCCACCAGAAAUAUUUCCAGUAUUUGGAUAUAAACACACAGACAAUUCUGCUAACCAAACAAAGCUAGGUGAGGAGUUAAAGGAGGCAGUAGAUAAGGGGUUCUGUCAUAAAGUGGAGAUUGUUAAAAUGUUGGUGGAUAAAGGGGCUGUGGAGAAAUGUUCCGAGAGACAAUUGUUUGACAUCUUGACUGCUGCUUUUGAUGAAACAAAAGAUUUUUAUAAAACCUCACUUCAGUUUUUACUUGAUAGAGUUCCCGUUGAUUUUGGCAAUGUAAGGAAUAUAGAAGGUUUGUCAGUAUUUGGAUUUGAGAUGAUUCAUAGAGGAAGCUCAAUAUCAGGUUAUCUAGAACCUUAUCUAGAGAAUAUAAACAAUGUAAAUGAUGCUAAUCUACUCAAAUUUCAGUCGGCCAUUGAAAACUGUGAUAGCACUGAAGAACAUGUUGAUUCUGUUUUAGCAUCAUUUAGUAUUAAUAAAGAUAACAAUGAGAUUGCCUUGGGUGACAAGUCAGAUGCAAAGUUAGAGGCUAAGUAUGUUCACCCUAUUCUGUAUCUAGCCUCCUCUGGGGACACCAUGUUAUACCAUAAGUGUUUACUGAUGUCAGAUAUACCUCUCCAAGUUAAGAUAGAAAGUCUGGAAGUGUUUGGGACGUACUGCUGUACUUCUAAUUACUUCGCUGAUGCUGUGCAAUGUUGGAAAGCUGCUGAUGAAAUAAGGAGACAAAAAUGUGUCCGUGUCACUAGAAAUAAAAUGUACAAGACAACAACAAAUGAUGCAGAAAGUAUGUCAAAAUGGGAAACAGAGGAACGUGCACGUGAAGAAGCCAGAUCUCAGUUUUUAUCUUCUUUAAAUCCAAUUAUGCCAACAUUAAUUAUAGAUCUUCUAGACACUGUGUCAAAUUAUUUCUCUCAUGUAACCAAGAAAACUGUUCAGCUGGUUAAACAUAUCUUUAACGAAGAAGUCAAAAAGGGGGAGGUUCCUGAUUUGAGUGACAUAUCUACCCAUUCAUCUUUCGGAUGGCACCUUGGUAAAAACCAGGCAGGAAAGACAAUAGAUACACGCUUGGCAAUCUUACUUAAAAGUGCUCAGAUUCAUGAGAGUUUGAUUGGUUAUGGAGAUUUCAGAACGUUUUUGGCAUAUAAGAAUCUAGCUGAAGAACUUGACAAGGAAGAUCGAGUGAGACAAUUGGCUACAUUCAUUACUUAUUGUUUUCCAUAUUUCAUUCAAUUUUUACCAAAUGAAGAAAUUUUAGACAAAAAAUAUUUCUGUAAAUGGUUUAUCUUAAAAUUAGUGGACAUAGUUACCAAUGAGAACCACCGUUCACUGUUGUCUUUUGAAACUUUAAUGUCAAUAUGGAAAUGUUUCUUCUUAGAAUGUUGUGUAACUCCAAGGAGUCAGAGAAAGUUCAUAGAGUUCGCAUCAUUGCUUGUGAUGAUGAAGAUUAUGAACGGACAAAAGAAAACUUUUGAAGAAACAAAGAGGUUUUCCAAGUUUAUGAGACAAGUUAUUCAGGCUGAUCUUAGGAAUUUAUACGGACAAACAAUGCUUCAUUAUGCUGUACCAACUCUCUCUGAUGAUACUAUUGAUUCAUGGAUGCCAUAUGUGGAAUACAAGAAAAGCUCAUUGACAAAUGAAUUUAGGGGAUCAUUGGAAAUGAUAGAGUUAUUAUUAACAUUCGGAGCAGAUCCAAACGCUUUUGAUGAUGAAGGAAUGACUCCUUUACACUUUUGUUACUUUUUAAUGUUAAAGAUUUCUGAGGAGCAGGUUACCAGCAGCCCUCACGACAUUGUUGAAGCUCUCCUAGAAGGAGGUGCUCACCCAGACUGUGUAGAUCUUUCCAACCAAUCAGCAAUAGAUAAUUCACAGGAUUCAGUAGUACCACUAUGUCCAGUGGCUAACCGAACACUUCAAUGUCUGGCCUCAGUGUCCAUCCUAGAUAAUAAUAUUGAAUACCAUGAACAUUUACCUCAACACCUAAUACAGUUUGUUAAACUUCAUCAAAGGAAUGGGGAACCUACUUAUCAAAACUUUCCUGACCAUUUAUUUGGAUUAUCUCCUGAUUGACCUUUACACAGAUCAGAAGUCAUGUUAAGCGUUUGGGAUAUUUAAGGGAUUUUUUAUUUUUUUACAUAUUGUAUACAAUUUUUUUUCUCUAACCAACUGGUUCAUUUUUUCUAACUGAGGUUCAAUUUUCCUCACCAACUGGUUCAAUUUUUCCAACCAACUGGUUCCAUUUUUUUAACCAACUGGUUCCAUUUUCCAACCAACUGGUUCCAUUUUCCAACCAACUGGUUCCAUUUUCCAACCAACUGGUUCUAUUUUUUUAACCACCUGGUUCCAUUUUUCAACCAACUGGUUCCAUUUUUCUAACCAAAUGGUUCCAUUUUCCAACCAACUGGUUCCAUUUUUCUAACCAAAUGGUUCCAUUUCCCAACCAACUGGUUCCAUUUUCUAACCAACUGGUUCCAUUUUCCAACCAACUGGUUCUAUUUUUCUAACCACCUGGUUCCAUUUUUCAACCAACUGGUUCCAUUUUUCUAACCAAAUGGUUCCAUUUUCCAACCAACUGGUUCCAUUUUUCUAACCAAAUGGUUCCAUUUCCCAACCAUCUGGUUCCAUUUUCUAACCAACUGGUUCCAUUUUCCAACCAACUUAUUAUUAGUUCCAUUUUUCUAACCAACUGGUUCCAUUUUUCUAACCAAAUGGUUCCAUUUCCCAACCAACUGGUUCCAUUUUCUAUCCAACUGGUUCCAUUUUCCAACCAACUUAUUAUUAGAUCCAUUUUUCUAACCAACUGGUUCCAUUUUUCUAACCAAAUGGUUCCAUUUUUCCAACCAACUAAUUCCACAAGCCACAGAAGUUCAAAUGAAGCCUUUUGUAAGCAAUUGUAGGCAAGUGUACAGCCUGCAACAGUGAGAAAAACUGUGUAUCAUAUAGUCGGCUAUAAAAAAUAUAAAACAUGAAAAACAUGAAACAAUUCAAUAGACAAAAUCAACAAUUGAUUGGUAAUGAAAAGGCCAGAUUGUCCAAUGAUCUGUAAGCAAAUCAUUUGUUUUCAGUAAUAAAUACUAAAAAGCUUAAAAUUAAUUUAUCAAUAUGGCAUGUUUUGCCAGGUGAGCAAUUCUGCCUCAAUGAAGAUAUUUUUAUAAAUUGAUUUACAGGAGAUCAUGCAUAAUAUGAAAUAUAUGAAAUAAUGUUAUGUUUGCUAAUCUGUCAAUGUCUAGUCUGCUUUGUUAACAAUAUACAAAUAAAAUAUUUGUUUUCUAA